UUCCGACGUGAGGACGCUCUCUUUUACGGCUGUGCACGCCGGCUCUUUACGCACGCGGGAGACCGAGAAGAAAGCCUUCUUUAGCCAACGUUACAGCCCGAGCACCGGAAAGCGGAGUCCUCGUCUAUUAUCCGUGUGCCGAACGAUCAUUCCAAGCCCUGAACUUUUCAUCUACGGGAGCACAGCAAGCCGGUACACUACACCAUGCCUAAAAAUAAAGGUAAGGGAGGUAAAAAUAGGAGACGUGGUAAGAAUGAAAAUGAGUCUGAAAAGCGAGAGCUGGUAUUCAAAGAGGAUGGGCAAGAGUAUGCGCAGGUGAUAAAGAUGUUGGGCAAUGGCAGACUGGAAGCUAUGUGCUUUGAUGGCGUUAAGAGGUUAUGUCACAUUAGGGGAAAACUGCGAAAAAAGGUGUGGAUAAACACGUCAGACAUUAUAUUGGUCGGCUUACGAGACUAUCAAGACAACAAAGCAGAUGUUAUCCUAAAGUAUAAUGCAGAUGAAGCCAGAAGUCUGAAGGCGUACGGAGAACUUCCAGAGCAUGCUAAAAUUAAUGAAACCGACACAUUUGGCCCUGGUGAUGACGAUGAAAUCCAAUUUGAUGACAUUGGAGAUGAUGAUGAAGAUAUUGAUGAUAUCUGAUCAGAUAGGACGUCUUUUCCAUUCCACUUGCUGCGGAUUGUUCUAGUUUUGAUGUUUUCGAUUUGAGUGAAGUCCUCCCAUUGAGACGACGCUCUCCCUUGGCUCCAAUAAAGUUUUUUUCUGUUUUAAAGUAUUUAUAUUCUUUCAGUAGAUGUCGACAUUACUGGAUGUUCUGGAGCACCCGAACAGAAAAAUAUCCUUUGUCCAUAAAGAUGGUAAUUUACACCUUUUGAGUUGUGUUUAUCAUUUUAAAAUUUUUUUUUUUUGUAUUUUUAUUUUCUUCCUUGUAAUUUAUCAUGGUACUUGUUUGAGCCAAAUCCACACUUUAGAGUUGGUUCAGAUGGGAUGCUCAAUCUCUCCACUGGACGCCUUCAUGUAUUAUUUUGGCUGUGGUCUUGCAGACAGCAAUCCAGGUGGUGAGCGACGCUUAUGUUUUUACCAUGAGUUUUAUACACCCUUCAUCAGUUUCAAUGCUUUUCUUUGCAAUUGUUUUAAACUGUUGUGCGGAAUGAGUAAAUGCCACUGUACAUUAACUUCAUUGGUGAAAUGCUCGAAGAGCCCUACCUACAGAAUUACCCUCUGCAUUUAGCCCUACUUUUUUUUCCACAAAAAGCUAAUUUUAUUUUUUCCCCGCAAAUAAAUGCCUAACCAUAUGUUGCUUUUUGGGUUUUUAAAAGCUAUAUAAAUAUUUUUUACUAUACAAAGUGCUUUUACCAUGCAUUUGAUGCCUUGCACACCAAAAGAGAAAAAAAAGUGCAUCAUCAUCUUAUUAGUCUGUUGCAUUGAUGGUUUUCCCAAUGUUAUCUUUAAAUAAGGCUUAUGAUAGAUUAUAUUGGAAGAAAUAUGAACGGAUUUCAUCUUGGUCAGGUUUCUGGAUUUUCUAACACAAUAGCACAAUAACAUACAAAUGGCCGUGUUCGGCUCAGUGUGUAUUGUCACUGGAUUUAAUGGAGCCUACAUAUGUAAUACCGACUAGUAAGAAUGGGAUACUAACGUGUCUAGUAUCUCAUUUUUCUUAUGCUUCCUUUGGUGUGCAGGCUCCUCUUGGCCUGCAUUACAUUGUAUAGUAUGUGAAUGGAAUUGUGUACAGAUUGAUAUGUUAGACUUGAAAGGGCCUAUGUUUCCUAACUUCGCUAAAUUUACCCAAACUAUUAUGGAAAGAUGCCAUGCAACUUAUGAAUGGGAAAUAAAACAUCCGAAAACAAUAAAGAUUUAUGACAAUA